UAUAUAUGUGUGUGUGUGUGUCUAUAUCCUAGAGCUUGGCUUGGUAUAUAGAGGGCUUGGGGUUUCGUUAUGGGGGGCAGCGGGAGCAGCCAUGGGAACAGGAAGGUCUCCUUCGAGCUGGAUGAGCAGGAGCGAGUGAGGGUCCUGCAGGGCAUCAGGCUUUCUGAAGAAGUGGUGAACCGAAUGAAAGAGCCUCGCCAGCCUAAAAGGGAUCAACGAGCACCAUCCACCUGUCCUCCACCAGCAUCACAAUCUGCAGAAGGGAAAUCUAAAGUGUUAACAGGGAUCCAUCCACCUACACCAGACAGCUUGGGUCGAAAGCCCUCUGAGGCAGAGGAAGAUCUGUACAAGAGGUAUGAACAAGAACAGGCAAUUGUCCAAGAAGAGCUUCUUCGACUGGCCAAAAGGGAACGGGAGGCAGCCAAUGAGAGUCUAAAUGUAACUCUUCAGCGGGAGCGAAGUAAUACCAGUGAAGAGAAGCAGAAAACAACCCAGUUGUCCAAGGAGCUACAGUUUAAGGAUGAAGAGCUGAAGCGCAGAGACACCUUCUAUAAGGAGCAGUUGGCCCACAUUGAGAAGAAGAAUUCUGAAAUCUACAAGAUGACUUUGGCUCAGUACAGUGAUGCAGUUACCAAUGCAGAAGAUCGGAUUAGGCGGAGGAACACGCAACCUAUAUGUGCAAAUUUGCAAGAAGCUAUCCUAACAUGCUACAAUGAAAACAAACACCAAGUGCUCAACUGCUCAGAGCUGGUCAAGGAAUAUCAGCGUUGUGUUAGGCUAGCACAAAAGGAAUUGUUGGUCCAUUUCGAUUAAAGCCCAGCUGCCAGCAAAGUGCAGAAUUCAGGGGACCACAGAAGCAAAGUGCAGAAUACAGGGGACCACAGAAGCUCUUAGAAGCCCAGCAUCCUCCAAAUUCAUGCUGAUGCAAUGAGUGCCUUCUCUCUGUAAUGGUCCACAAAAGCACCAUGAAUCCAUAUCCAGAUGCCUCUAUGUGUCAGUCUUAAUUGAUGAAUUUGGACUGGGGAAAGGGCGGGGGGGAGUGAAGGGCUUUAUGCCUGGGAAGCAUAGAUCUUCAAAAUGUAAGUCACCAUCAUUAUUAUUUUUCUGUCAUUGAGAGAUGAAUUUCCACAAACAGAUCUCCCCCCCCCCCCCCCCCCCAAAAAAAUUGGCUGGUAAGUCAGAAGCCUCAAUUUUUUCAAAAAAAGAAGUCUGUGAAAUCCUUUGUUUCAGUAUUAUCCAGUGUGUUUGGAUAUGUCUAAGAAAUGUUGCCUGUGUUCACGUUCUUUCAAACAAGGCAUCUGAAAUACAUGGGACAAUGCUAGAGCCCCACUGGUUUAGAGUUCAUCUUGUUUGGAAAGAAAGAGAGUUCCUCCACUUCCCCUCCAAAGCUUCUUCCUAAGAACAAUAAAGAGUGUUUAAUGGUCAA